AUGCGUUCCCAUACUCUCUUGUUUUCCCUUCUUGCCUCUGCGGGUGUGGCGGUGUCUGCAAGGACCUGUCGAUGCCUCCCCUCGGAAUCCUGCUGGCCUUCUCAUGCGGAAUGGCAAAGCUUGAAUCGAACGACCAAUGGCCAUGUGCAUGCACUUAGGCCAGUAGGAGCCGUCUGUCAUGGAUCCGCGUAUAAUUCUGCAGCGUGCGCUGUCGCGCAAGAAAACGAGUAUGACUCCAUCUGGAGGGCAGACCAGCCCGGAGCUGUGGAAUGGCCAAACUGGGAGGCAUGGCCUGAACAAAACCAGUCUUGCUACAUCGACUCAAAGAAGUCGAUUCCAUGUGGCCAGGGACGGAUAUCUCUUUAUACCGUCCAGGCUGAGUCUGUAGAAGACAUCCAAGCCGGUGUGAAAUUUGCCCGGAAGCAUAAUUUGCGGGUGGCUAUUCGGAACAGUGGUCACAAUCAUGCAGGACGAUCUGUUGCUCCGGAGUCGCUGCAGAUUAACACACACCUAAUUGUAAAUAAGACUAAGCACACAAACUUCAAGCCUGUCGGUUGUAAUAGUGCAGAUGGCGGUGUGGGUCUUGCAGUCACCCUCGGCGCUGGUGUUCAGCUGUACGACAUGUACACAUGGCUGGCCGAGAAUGAUAUUAUGGUCGUCGGUGGUUCGGCACAUGGAGUAGGUGUUACUGGGGGAUAUAUCCAGGGAGGAGGUCACUCCCUUCUUGCUGGUAUUCAUGGCAUGGCCUCUGACAAUGCCCUGGAAUUCACUGUGGUUGUUGCGGAUGGGAGACAUUUGACUGCCAACUCUUAUCAAAACUCAGACCUCUUCUGGGCUCUCCGGGGAGGUGGUGGCGGAACCUGGGGUGUCGUCACCUCUGUGACUGUGCGGGCAUUUGAAGACGCUCCGUUCGUGAGUAUCUCCAUCUCCGGCGGUGCUGAGUUUCAAUCAGAUGAGUACUGGAACGCAGUCAAAUAUUUCCACUCGUUUCUACCUCAGUUCAAUGAGGCAGGUGGUAGCUUGUACUAUUGGCUGAUUCCGGAUUACCCCGAUGCCACACUUGGCCAUGUAUCUGCCAUCAGUGCGGAAGGUGGCUUCGGGAACGCAACCAGCAAGGCUGCAGUUGACCAAUUAAUGCUACCACUAGUCUACACGCUUGGUAACCUCACCGGCGCAGCCUUCACAUAUUCGUCAACCUAUAUCCCGAAAUCAUCCUCCUUGUACGCCGCCGAAUUCGAGAGUUCCGACUCAGUCGGCAUAUCCGUUAUCCUUGGCUCGCGUCUCGUGACGCGUGAUUUCAUGAAGUCGGCCGAAGGACCAGGAAAGGUGACAGAUGCUCUGAGAAGCUUGCGUGUAUACCCGGGAAACACGACUCUAGGCCAAUAUGCGAUACAGGGUCUUGUUGUAGCUGGACCAGCCGUUUGGGCCAAUGCCGACGUUGUUGAUAGUGCACUGCAUCCUGUCUGGCGAAGUGCGCUAGUCCAUCUCAUCAUCGCCCGUGGGUGGGACAUUGACACACCGGUUGCGGAGCAGCAGGCAAUUCAGCGGAAUUUGACUGAGGUUGAGGUUCCAAUUCUCAAGAAGCUGGACCCAGCACCGGGAGGUGGUUGCUAUCUCAACGAGGCGGACGGUUAUGAGAAAGAUUUUCAGGACAGCUUCUGGGGCUCCAACUAUGGGCGUCUUUAUAAAAUCAAGCAGAAGUGGGACCCUGAAAACCUGUUCGUUGUAAGAACUGGUGUUGGUAGUGAGGAUUGGGAUGCCGAAGGUUUAUGUCCUAAAUAG